CUGUCUCCCUCUCUGUGUCCUCACCCUCAUUCCGACGCAGGCCCAUCCAACGCAGGCCCACCCGGCGCUUGGGCGACGGCCAUGUCGUUCCUCAAAUCCGCCACAAGCAUGGCGGCGCCGUCGCCUACUCCGUCUACCUCUUCCAACAGCGGAGUCAAACGGAAGCGUCCUGAUACCACCCCCGCCUCCACUGUCUAUUCGCAACCCGGCGAGACUGGCACCGGCCAUCACGUCAACACCCAAUUCCUCUACGCACAGCAGUUCCUCAAAAGCGAAGACCAGAAAUGGCACACCCUAGAGCAGAUCACCAAGUUCCUAAACAUACCCGACCACCAUAUACCUGAACUCUUGAGACGUCUCCGCAGUACACACGUCGUCAACCGCAUCGAGUGGGAUCCGGUCAAGGACCUGUAUCGCUACAAGCCGAAAUACAACAUUCGCAAUAGUGCGCAGCUCAAAGGGUAUCUGCAGAACCAAAAGUCCGCCGCGGGACUGCCGGUGAAGGACCUCAAGGAUGGGUGGCCGACGGCUGUAGAAGACAUCAACGAGCUUGAGAAGAAGAAUGAAGUGCUGGUCUCGCGUCAUAAAAAGGAUGCCCAGCCGAAGACGGUCUGGCUCAACGAUCCUUCGCUUAUGCACACGAUGGAUCCCGACUUCAAGGCCCAGUGGCAUCAGAUUGCACUUCCAGAGAACCCGGACGACUUGCGAAAGAAGCUCGUUACCGCUGGCUUGAAGCCUUCGAGCGCGCCCAAGAAGAUUGUCGCAGUUGGACCCAAGGAGAAAAAGCGAAAGGCACCUCGUCGUGGUGGCAAGCAGACCAACACUCACAUGGCCGGUAUCUUGAAGGACUUCUCUCAUCUACGGAAAUGAAACGGUCUAGAUUGGGUUCGGCGUUUGGUUGGCAUAAUUGGCUGCAAAGGUUUUACCUGUUUCAAAGGCGUAUUGGGCGGUGUUUAAGAAGAUACCACAACCUUGCUAUGGGCAUGAUUCACGGAUGCCGGAUAUGUGCUGACUCAUGCAGGGCUUCAGCUACUUGAUCUCUUUUAGACUAAAUUCUGAAAAUCCAAAAACCCCCAGCUUCAGUGCUUGGUGCGCGCAUAGUUAAUGAAUGCAUCUGUUAGAUGCGUAAAUCAGCAUAAGUCUUGGC